CGCUUUACGGCAGAGUGUCUAGCUCUUUCGGCAGACUCAGACAGCUGUCAGAAGGCAAUGCGCAUUGGACUACCCAGUGCAGAGACGCUGCAAGGUGGAUCCUUCAGAGCUUGGACUGUGACGGUGCUCCUGAGUGUGCUUAUGUUCCAGCUGCUGAGGACUGUUGGACUGAGGGCGUUCUCCAUGGCAUCUGAGACGUACACGUCAGGCACACACUCUGCCGCCUUCGUCACUUGUCCUAAUGACACAGUGGCUAAAGGCUUGGCCAGGGGUAUUGUGGAAAAGAAGCUGGCUGCAUGCGUCAACAUUGUCCCAGCAAUCAAAUCUGUAUACGAAUGGCAGGGUAAGAUUGAAGAGGACAAUGAGGUGCUGCUGAUGAUUAAAACAAGAAGUUCCAAGGUGCCUGCUCUUGCUGAAUAUGUCCGCUCGAACCAUCCAUAUGAGGUGGCCGAGGUCAUCAGCCUGCCUAUUGACCAGGGCAACCCGCCCUACCUUAAGUGGAUAGGAGACGUUGUCCCUGAGUGAGGACGGACUGAUGGAUGAGUGGAUCUGUCGAUUAAUGGAUGGAAAAAUUAAUCAGAGAACAUGUAAAAUUACAUUCACCAUUUCCCUCAAAGAGACAUCCAAUACGGAGACAGACUCACUCACUACCCAAAUCUGUAAUCCAGCUGCAUCACAGUGCACACCAAGUACCACACUGAGAGAAAUUAUGAUGUUAUCUAAAAUCUGUCCUUUUGUUGCUGUUUGCAGCCAUCAUUUGAGACUUGCAAGUUAAUCUUUCCCUUUUUGUAUGUUUGCCACUAGAGGGCAGCCGUGGUCUUUCAUUUUCCAAGUGAACCAGGUGCAAAAUAAACUGCCACUUAAAUGUGAACGGAUAUGGUUAGAUACCGGAUUUUGUUUGCAGAAGAAGAAAUUUGCAAUAAAGCGGAGCAUUAUUUUUUACUUUA